AUGCAGCACCAAAGACAGCAGCAACGCCGACGCCGCGUCUGCGCUGCAGCCAGCUCAACGCCAGCUGAUGCAUUUCCACACAACUCUGAUAAUCAGAGAUGCCGACGGAAAUGCAGCAGCGACAGCAGCAGUGCUAGCUGCAGCAGCAGCACUAAAAACUGGUUUGAACUGCUGGGACAGCCUUAUACACCAGUGUCUGACGGGGAGCUGCAGCAGCAAAAGCAGCAAUUGGAAGAGCAACUUGCUGCUGAUAUGGCUUUUUCUGAAACUCUGAAGAAACUUCAAGGUGACCCUCAAGGGACGAGGCUAUUCGGUUUGCCACAGCAGCAACAACAAAUGCAGCAGCAGGAGGGAGAUGGUGAACCCCUCGACAAUCUUAUUGGGGGCCUCAUUGAUGCCCUACCGUACACACGCAACGAAGACGCAGUACUUGAGGAGCUAAUGGCUCUUGCUAGGGAUCCCCAGGGGCAUCCUGAGCGUGGGAAAGGUGACCUCGAACAGUGGGUCAAGGCAGCAGCGGCACUUGAAGGGAACCUCGUUGAGGUUCCCCGAGAGCUCCAGAAUGAAUCAGCGGAGUUUGUCAAGAUUUUGGCUCGGGAAGGAGAGCUGCUGCAGGUGCUUCGCCGCCUCCAGCAGGAGCCUAAGCACCAAGGCACUUGCCGCGGCUCAGAGCUGUUCGCUGCAUUGGCUGCUGUGGCAGAGAAAAACGGCGAUGUCAGCUUCAAGAGGACCUUACGAGUCCCGCCAGGAAACACAGCUGCCGGCGUAGUGACUGCAGCAGCUGCUGCAGCUGCUACUGCUGUUGGUGCUGCUUUGCGGGUUUUUCCUUGGUGCAAGGCGCGACAAACCCCAAGCCACUUUGCGGGUAGAGCGCAGGAGGGGCCAGAGAUCUUGAGAGACUCGCCGCAGGCUAAUGUGUCCCAGGCUCAGCGGCAACUUCCUUCGUGGUUGCUGUUGCUUCAACGCCAGCAGGGAAAACAAGGUCAAAUGCUGCAGCUACCAGCGCAAGAUGAAGCUUCGAUAUCAAGGCUUCUUUCUGUCGGCACUGCUGCAGCAGCGUUUCUCAUGCCUCGAGGGGAAUCUCCCCAAAAACGCAGCAGCAUCAAGAACAACAGCAGUGGCGUGAUUUCAUCAAUUGACUGGGAUGGACAGGACGAGGCACUUUACAGCGCGUUGAUGAAAUUAAAGGUGCAGCUGCAGCCGCAGCUCGAGCCGGACCUUAGGCGUAGCAGAUCCAGUUCGAGCAUGUUCAGUGGUCCUCCACUCAUCGGUAGCACGCAGUGGGCUCGCCCAAUAGUACAGCAAUAUGUGUAUCUGUUGGAGCAGCAGCAGCAACAGCAGCAGCAGCGGCAGCAACGACAGUGGCAGAGUGCGCACUCUAAACGCUCUCCACAAACGGUAUUUACCCCAUUGCCCCCUCCUUCAGUGUUCGCGGAUCGUUUGCUGCUGUUUUCACACCUUCUUGCUGCCCCGACUACAAUAGCGCGCGCAGCCGGAGCUGCUGCUGUUCGGCACACCAGUGUCUCUGUGGCUGGCGUGGCUUCAGCCCUCUGCAUUCCAGUCGAGCUAGCACAAGAUCGUCUCCAGCAGCUUUUACGCCGCAUCGUGUCUUCGCUAACCAUGCGGCUGUUCGCCCACAUAAAUCCCCUUAACGUGCAGGCUAGCGGCAGGAUGGUAUCGGGUGCUAGGGACAAGCAACAAACGCAGCGACGGCAGCAACAAAGGCUACUACCUGAGGGAGCGGCUGCAUUGCGUCAAGUUGCUGCAAUGCUCGGAGUGGAGAGCUCAGAGAUAAGAACAGUUGCUGUUGGCGUUCUGCCUUUGAUGCUGCAGCGUCUCAUCUUCUAUGCAGAGUCCCAGUUGUGUGUCUUACCUCUUGGCUCAACAUCUGGCGUGGAGAUGAGCCAGCAGGAACUAAGGAUGGCAGCCACAAGGAUAUUUCAAGGUUUGCAGCUGACUGUGGAGGCAGUGCGGGACGCUGCUGUCGCGCUAAUGGGCGCCGAAGCAGAAGCUGAGGCUGUGCACCAAAUUGCAGUAUUGGCCUCACGACGACUGCUGCCCGAGCUGACUUUCGCCGCGCUUUCUCAAUUGCUGGCAUCUCAUGCAGAGGCUCGAAGCUCUUCGCAGGGAGGUCUUCUGUCGCUUGAGGGCUCAAUAACGGAGGGUGUUCUCGAGGCGGAGCAGUUUACAGAGAAAAUUUUGGAGGGCGUGAGAGAUCUCCUACGCCUCAAUGUGGACCAGUACAUGAAUGUCCUGCAAGUUGGCUUUUUUUUAGCUGCCGCUCCGCUGCGGCGCUCACUGGAAGUCUUUGCGACCAUGCGCAACGAAGAUGGCUGCCUGCAAUCUGCGGAACAGCUCCUUGCUCUCGACAGAGCGUUAGAGCGUCUUGUUGGUUGCUCCGUGGCAGCCCCACGCACGUCAUCACCGAAAGCCACGUCAGCAAUGGCCAGGCGGCGGCAACGGUCUCCCCAACGAGAAGUCCCCCCGGAAUCCAAUAGAAGAUCCUGUGAAAAUAAACAUCUGAUAAGGCUCUUACUGGCAUAUCUGCGGGCUCAUGCGCUGCUGGGGGAGGUUCCCGAAACUGCAGCAGCAGAGGCGCACCAGCAAACAUUAGAUUUUUCUAAGGAUGACGGUGGAGGGCCCCUAGGCUUACAGUUGGGCCAAAGCGAGGAAGCGCUCUCUUUGCAACGAAUCGUCAACUCACGGAAAGAGACAACAAUUAUGGCGGCGAGCCAAACGCCAGACAGAUUGUCGGCAAAAACGAGCGAGUAUGUGCUAAAAUUGCUGCUCCUCAGACGCCAGCCAACGCAACAAGAACCAUCGGUUGCUGCUGAAGCAAAUGCUUGCACAGAGAGAUGGAAGCAACUGAACAGUAUCGACGCCAAGGAUGAAGCGUUGUUUCCAACUGCGGCGAGGCUAGGGUUGCUUGACGCACGAGAGGCGUUGGCUGCGGCUGUCGAGGUCUACAGGCAGGAGUUUAGCAGGGAGACAGAUGCUGAUGCACCGGUUACGGCAACAGCAGCGGAAGAUCGCAGGCAGAGACUGCUGGGCUACCGCGCAUUUCUGGGGCUCACCUCAGCUGACGUCUCCUCAGUACAUUUGGAUGCUUACAGAGAGUGGUUCAUUUCAAUCACGCGGGAGGCGCUUGAUAGUGAGGGGCAGUGGACAGCGGAGGGUGACAGGCAGGAAUUGAGUGCUGAGGCUUUAGCUUUAUUUGCUGUGGAGAGGCUUCUGCCUCCGGUGUUACGCGCUGCGGGGAAGAGCCGAGCGUUGACCGAAAAUAGGAGCCACCGACUGUUGGCAGCUCUGCCGCCCACCCUGGCAGUUGUUGUGGAGGAAGGAAACGCGGACGAGGCGGCUUUGGGGCCGCACGCGGAUGACCCUCAUGAACCCCUGUGGAUACAUCUGAAUCGUGCUUCCACCCAUCAGAGGGAGGGUAUGACAGUGUUGCAAACGUGGAUGUCAACGCACCCAGCGGGCAGCUCAGCGGCGGCACCCAUUGACGGAGAAAAACAAAGCAGCCCUCUUUCGCUUGUGGGAGCCCUCCAGGUUCCAAAAAAGCGUAGAGACGCAGGAAAGUCUGAUGUUUCACUGGAUCCGACCUUCUUGUCUGCCUCCGGGGACGAAUUAGACGCAGCAGCGCCAGCAGGCUGGAAGGAAGAAGACAAGAUGUCGGAACUGCUAGGAGCCCUAAAGGCACUAUCACGGUUUGGAUCUGAGUAUGGGCUGUUCCCUGCGCCAUCUCGUAAGAAAGCCGAUACGGGAAACCAAAAUCAUUCGCACGGGGAAGCGGAGACUUGUACUGUGUCGCCAGUACUCUCAGCCAUACGGGCUUUACCCCGUGCUGAGCCUGUGAAGAGCUUCGUAAUGGCCUUUAAAAGACACCAGCAUCCCCCUGUAGCGCCCAUCCAAGUGGCUCUCGAAGAAGCCCUGAAUGCUGCCUUUGGUGUUUCUUCUUGGGAAACCGCUGUAUCAAGGUUACCCGUUUACUUGAAGCAAAGGGAGGCAGAAGAAACGGCAACUGCGCUGUAUGGGCUGCAGCGUCUGCUUGUUUCAGCAGCGGCAGCGUCUGCACACGCGUUUGCUGAAGCUGCGGAACUUUCGAGGCCCAUUUUUGCACAUUCGAGCCCAUCUGCCGGUCGAAAAAUAGAGCAGCCGCUGGAAGCUCCUACACUUUUGACUGAUGCAGCAAAGGAACAAGGGCUGCGCCUGCUGGACAUUGCCUCUUUGGAAGGGUCCCGAGCCGUCGCUGCAGCUUUAGUGCCCAGAGUGGGGCUUCUCCAAGGCGACAAUGUUGCUCAGCGGAGCUGUGAAGGUGAUGUUGACGCCACGCUUGAGGCUGCUCGAGACAAGAUAAAAAGAAUUAUUGCGGCUUACGGAUUAACACAGCAGGAAGCAGCGGGGCCAAAUGGGGACCGAUGGGAACUUGUAAAAUGCCUGGCGCUGCAGCUUGUUUACAAGGCCGCUGUGCAUGAGGCAAAACGGAGGAAUUCGCUUCUUGAAGAGGCAGAGAAGCGCAAUGUGGUGCCUCCAGCUUUCUGUCCGUGGAGUCCCACCAGAGGUAUUGCCGCUGCUGUGUCAGCCCUGGGAAUCGCAGAGUGGCGCCGCCGGGUGCAUGCGGAAUCUCAGCAACUAUCGGAACUGUUCCGGUACGAGGCGGGCUCUAUAGUGUCGCGGGCUUUGACGGCUGCAAAACGGGCCAAAAGCUUCAAAGCUCGCUGUGAAGUAUUCAACGCUGCAGUGCAGGAUAUUUCAACGAGCCGAAGUUUCUUUGAUUUGCCAGGCUUUCUUACCACAAAGCACGUCAAGGACCACAUUACAAGACGGAUGAGUGCUGCCUCUGCGGAGGUAAAAGCGUUGAUGGAGGCCAACGAGCUCCCAGCGGCCGUCAGAGCCCUCAGCGGGGUCACUAACGUAGUACUGCUAUCCCGGGUUGUUCUGCGGCAGCCGUGGUGCACUUCUUCAUCUCAAGGACUUCUAACGACGAAUAUUUUCGCGAAAUUAACUCCUCAAGAACGAAGAUACCUGGUCGAUCUGUGCCAUGCAUCUCCUUCUCCUAAACCAGAGAAGCAGGAGCUGGAACUUCUAGAAGAGAUUUUGACCACCGUGCGUUCGUGA